AUGGAUGUAGAUCGUGUAACUCCAACCGGCCAUCCAAACUACAAAGUCUACCUGUCCGACGACGCCAUCAAAUCCCUUGUCUGCCGCAGUCUCCCUGACAUCAAGAACAAGCACAUUACGGUCGAACAGCUGGGAUCGGGAAAGUCCUUCAACAAUAGAAUCUACUACAUACACCUCAGCACUCCCACGUCGAUUGCUAGGCCCAGCUGGAACGGUGGUGCCGUCGACGUCACAAAGAACCCAACCCGUGAAGAGGUGACCAGCCUAGUCCUCAAGAUUUCAGGGUUCCCCUUUGGUGGCGAGAAGAUCCAGAACGAACUCUGCUGCCUGUUGCUCUUCGAGAAGUACUGUCCGUCCAUCCCGGCGCCGAAACUAGUUGCAUGGUCCGAAGACGGCCGCCGCAUCAAGACCCCGGUCGACCGGCGAGGUUCACGAGAACGCUCCGCCUCUGCGCCCACCCAGCUCAAGUCACUGACCCUCGAAGACGAGACGGCCAAGAGCCGUGAAGAAACAAACGGCCAGGGCUGGCUGCUCAUGACACGCACACCGGGCCGCACCAUAACUCAAGAAGACCUCGUCGCGCACGGCAAGGUCCUCAUGGACGAAAUCGCCGGACACGUCGCGACGUGGCGGAAAUGCCUACCUCCGACUCGCGCAGUGGGCAACAUGCGCUUGAUCGGCAGCAAGUCCAUCCCUCAUCCUGCCGCCACGCUCUACGACAAAGCCAUCCUGCCCGGCCUAGACGUAUACAUCCAGGGAAUAAUCAUCAAAAAGGAUCGCCCGCAGUCCCCCCUGACAUCGCACCUCGAGUACAUCUCGUACAUCUUCCGUUCGAACAUCAAGGCACUUCAGGCCGACGCACUCAUGGGCCUGCACAAAGAAGAAGUUAGAGACGUCGUGAGGCAAUUCAUGAAAGAUACACUCCCCAAGCUCUCCCUGCUCAACAACGAGAAGCAGACGGCCGAGUACAUGGCCUUUACACACUACGACAUUUCCCCGCGCAACGUGCUCGUCGAACAAGCCAGGCAACGCCGCCCCACCAACGACAACAGUCCGCCACGCGUGUCCGUCUGUGCGGUGAUCGACUUCGAGUUCGCAGGCUUCUACCCGCCACCCGAGGAGUUCACCCACACCGUCGAAAACAGCCAGUCGGAAUGGGCGGUGACGUUGUUCGGCGAGCUGCUCGCCGCCGUUGACCGUCGCGGUGCCUUGCCCGCCUGCAUCGCGGAGAACGUCCGUCCCGAACCCAUGGAUGGCGUGGUGGUCGGUUUCGGCGGAGACGAGCACUUCCCCUUUGGAGGCCCCGAGUUCCACCAGGCCGUCUUGCUCCAUCGCAUCGCUACCAACAUCGCCCCUUGGUGGAUCAAGGAGAGCAGCGGCUACACGCCUGACGAGUUGAGGAAGGAGCUCGAUGACGCCAGGGCUCGCAUCGAGAAGGCCAUUCAAGUCCUCGAGAAGAUGGCCAAGCGUAAUAAGUAG